UUUAACAAGCCAUUGUUUUGUUUUUCAAUUUGAUCCAAUUAAUUGCGGUUUAACAUGUCUGCUGGAGUGCAAGAGCGCCUGCAACUGAGUCGGGUGCCGCUGGACACCUGGUCGAAGCGGGAGCAGCUCAUCCUGGCGUCGGCGGUCUCCUGCAGCGGCGACCAGAACUGGAUCACAGUGAGUCGCACGCUAAAGGCGAUUUGCGGCAAUGGCAAUGGAAACGGCGGCGGUCACAACAACAACACCAAUCGUCCGGCGGAUUGGUUCUCCCAAAAGAACUGCGCCGUCCAGUAUGGCAAUCUGCUCGAGGGCGUGGAGGCCACCAAGCGCAAGAAGCGCAGCAGCGAGAGCAGUGCUGGAGUCUCGUCGCCGGCCACCGUGGAAACUCCCACCGAACUUCUGCUCCGUCGUCUCACGGAGGAGCGGCAGGCGGAGAUUAAGGCCCAGAUGCGCCACGACCAGGAGACCUAUCGUCGUAUCCAGCGGGAGAUUGACUCCCUGCAAUCGGACGCAGUCACCGAGCAGGAGCUGCAGGACAUGUGGCUGGAGAUCGAGAAGGAACAGGAAACACGGCGGAUCGAGGAGAUGAAGCUGGAGAAUCGUAUGCGAGAGCGGGAGCAGCGCAAGAAGGACAUGGCGGGCAACUGGCGAAACAGCAGUCCUGCCUCCAGGCGUUCCAAUCAAACUGCUGACACGACCUCCGUGGACAUGGACGUGGAGGAUAUCAAUAGCAGUGGCAGUGGAAGUGGCAGUGGCAGUGGCAAUGGCAAGCAGCAAACGGGACCUUCCCCUCUACUCACAUCUCUGCUAAAAUCUCCCACGGGAAAUGCUCCUGCCACGCCCAUCUCAGGAGGAGGAGCAGCCACAACGGCAGCGGGCAGCGUGGCCAGGGUCACGGCACCAACUAUUACUUCUUUGUUGACAAGCAGUGGCAGCUCGGCCGUUUCCAGUCAGCCAGCCAUCACCAUGAAGAGUCCCACAGAUGCAGCAUUCAUGUCGCGACCCAUUAGUGGACCCCCAGUCAACGAGACACUUACUCCAACUACGCCCACUCUCGAACGUAGUCCCUCGCAGGCGGCACCCACUCUCUCCAUGCUGCUGGAGAAGAACAAGGCUGCAGCAAAGGCCAGCGAAGGUGGGAGCUUGAUUAAACCCGAAAGUUCAGGAGAUCAUGAACAGUCAUUAGUGGAUGAGACUGCAUUGGCAACCACUGGCACUGCGGAUACCGACGAGACAGACCCCAACGUUGACCAGCUGUUGGAUGACUUUCCAAACAUUGACGAAAUAAUCGAUGACAUCGACAUAGACAUGGCCAGUGUCAUUGAUGAUGAUAUUCUAAAGGAUGUGGAUGACGUUGUUGCCUCGCCUUCAAACGGCAAGGCCGAAGUCAUCGACUUUGAGGACAAAUUGGAUGCCUUAAAGCGGGAGCAAAGUAAGAGUUCACCAGCCAGUGAUAAGCCGAAAUCUGUGGAGUUGGUGCUUGGAUCCAGCGAUGACUCGAACGAUAACAUUCCCUUGGCUACUGUGGCCUCCCAGGAGAGCAAAGAUCGUGGUCAGUCGGGAAGCGAAUCUACUCGGGGCACCGAGGACGCAGAGUCGGAACCCUUGGCCAGCGAGGUGGCUGUGGAGGAGAUUGGAGAGACCAUCACAAUCAUCAGCACGUCUAGUGAGGAUACGGCGGGCUCGCCACCAACGAAAAUCGAGGAGGAAGGGGCAACUGAUUCUCUUUCAAAGAAAGAGGAAACUAAGGACGAUAAAUCCGAACAGGAUAGUAGCUGUCAAAACAAAGAUACAGCAGGUGAAAGUACAGAAGGACCAGAAACAACAGAUAACCAAGACGUUGGAGAAGCACACAGCAAAACGGGCAAAGAGGCGAAAGAAAAGUCUUCAUCAAUUGAAGAAAAGGUGGCCACUCCUUUAACUCCUGCCUCUGCUCCAGCUCCUGGCUCCCUGCACGACACAGAUGAGGAGUCGUCGUCGUUGACAGACAGCAGCAAGCAGGAUGACCAACCAAGGAGUGCGAAGGCAAAGCCACCAACAUCGAAGUUGGCUCUGGAUGACUCCAAAUCCGAGCUAGAGUUAAGUGGAACACCUCAGCCCCCCUCUGCGCCAGCUCGUACUCCAUUGCUGCGAAAACUACCCCAUCGGGAUCGGUCCGAAAGUCCAAUGGUUGAUGAUGAUGCCACUACAGCCAGCGAUCAUUCCACAGCUAGGUCAACCCGUCGAAGAUGCUCUUCCACGCCCGUAAUUGACAGUGUACCCAACUCGCCAGCCUCCAGCGAGCACACAGAUGAUCGGAGAGAAACGCGAGCCGCCUCCAAGAAGCUCUUCCUGUCCAUUUAUGCCAUGUUGCAGGACAGCAAGCAUGCAGCUCCCUUCAAGCGUCCCUUUCACGAUGAGCACGCCCAGCGGCAUGCGGAUCUUUGCCUGCGUCCCAUGGAUUUUCCCACCAUCAAGCGCAACAUCGACUCUGGAUUUAUUCGUAGUCUGAGCGAGCUGCACAGGGAUGUCCUGCUUAUGGCCCACAAUGUUUUGGUGGCCUACAAGCCCCACACAAAUCAGCACAAGACGGCGCGUUUGUUCGUUCAGGAUUGUCAGGCAAUCAAGGAGUUCUCGCAACUGCCAGACACACAGGUUGCAGGGAUAACGGCCACGCCGGUCAGCAACACGGGAAGCUCUCGCGGGGAGAAAUCAAGCGGAAGCAAAGCCAGGAGCGGUUCUCGAAAGAGUCAAAGGCAUCAUUAAGCUUUAAUAGAUAAACUUAAGGAUGGGCAAAUUUAUUAAUUAAAAAUUUCUAGCUGGAAAGUAAUAUAUGAAUAUUCGGCGUGAGAAAAAUAUGUAUUAAAUAACUAGUGCAGGUCCUAAAUUGAAAUAUUAACUAUUAAUUAUUUUUACAAACUACUUUCCGCCUCAAGCGAUCAAUAAUGUGGCCUCAUAAUAUUCUUUUGCG